ACCGCACGCAUCCUCUGCCUAGCCCACUCUCGCUGCAGAGCAAUCGGCAAGCGUUGCCUCGGGCGCUCAGGCGCAGCCAUGGCACCAGCCGCCGCACCGCCCGCGCGGCUGCCCGAGCAAGCGCCCUGGCUCUCGCUGCCUCCUCUGCUCGACCUCUUCGCCUCGCUGGCGCACACGCCCGUCGCGCAGCUCGUGCCGCUCUGCGCCGCGCUGCAUCGCCCGUAUGCCACCUGGCAAGCACGCCUGCUCGGCUGCCAGCCCUUCGCCGCGCCGCUGCGGCGCAUUGCCGCGCACCUCGUCGCCGCAGACGAGGCGCGCGUGGCCGGCCACAUCGAGCAGCUGCUCGAGGCAUGGGCGCCCGACAUCGUCGACGCGCUGCCGGCGACGUGGGCACGGCAGCACGACGCGCCUGCCCCGCCGCACGACUCUCCUGCGGCAGCAACGCCGCGCCGCGAGGCAGACGUGACCGUCGUCGAGGCGCAGCGCAUGCUGCAGCGCGGCGAGGAGCGCGCACUGACGAUGCGCGAGGCGCGCCUGGUGCAGUCGCAUCUGCCGCUGCUGGCACGCCAUAUGCCACCUGCGCUGUACCCUUCGCUCGCCCUCCACUCGCCCAGCGUGGCGUUCAAGCUUCUCGUCUCGCUUGUCGACGACGCGGCGGACACGUUGGCCGUGCGGCAGCGCGCCGAGCUGCUGGCGACGCUGCCCUCGCUCGGCGUCGAGGCGCCCUGCGCCGCCGUGCCGGCCUUUCUGGCGCGCCUACUGCUGCCGCCCGCCCCGCCGUCGCUGCGCCGAGAGACGAAGAUGCAGGUGAUUGGGCCUUGGCUCAGCUGUUGUGUAGAGACGCUCGAUCGACUCAAGCGUGAGGGAGACGAGGAGCGCGCAGCCAAGAUCGUCGAGGUGCUAUGCAGCUUCAUCUCCUCUGCCAUUCUCCCCGGCCUCGCACAGCAGGCAGACGAGCUCGAGGCACGCACAGACGAGGCACUGCUCGUCGAGUGCCGCCACUUUGCCCUGCACAACAGCCGGCUGCGACGCGCAGGCGCACUGCUGGCGCAGCUGAUGUUGGUAGAUGGCAAGUCAUAAUGGGCAUCGCAUGCGAGAGAGCUUUUGUGUUUCAUUGCGGCGGUACAUGACGACAUGGGCCACCUCGGCGAUCGCCUGUGCGCGCUCACUCGUCCUCGACGGUGGCGGCGACGGGCGUGCGCUUCUUGGCCUCGGGCGCCGGCGCGACGGCCGUCGCCUUGACGGCCUUGCUGGGCGCGUCCGUCUUCUUUGCGCCCUUGGUGGG